UUCCCUGCAGAGAGACUCUCAGAUGAUCCGAUUCACCUUCAGACCAAACCAGCAGCUUCCUCUGAGUCCAGGAGAGAAAAGAGGAAACAUCCAACCCUGAAGCUUCACUCAGAGACUAAAUGGCUUCCAGAUCAGAGGAGGAUCUCUGCUGUCCGGUCUGUCAGGACGUCUUUAAGGAUCCCGUUCUUCUGUCAUGUAGCCACAGCUUCUGUAAGGAGUGUCUGAAGAACUGGUGGAGAGAGAAAGCAGCACAAGAGUGUCCAGUUUGUAAGAGAAGAUCUUCUAAGGAUGAACCAUAUUUAAAUCUGGUUCUGAAGAACCUGUGUGAGACCUUCCUACAGCAGAGAGACCAGAGAGCUUCAGAGGAUCUCUGCAGUCUGCACUCUGAGAAACUCAAACUCUUCUGUCUGGACCAUCAGCAGCCAGUGUGUCUCGUCUGCAGAGAUUCAGAGAAACACACCAAGCACAGAUUCAGACCCAUGGAUGAAGCUGCUCAGAAACACAAGAAGAACCUUCAGGAAACUCUGGAACCUUUAAAGAAGAACCUGGAGCUCAGGAAGAAAGUUCUAGAGGAGUUUGAUCAGACAGCAGAACACAUGAAGGUCCAGGCCCGACACACAGAGAGGCUGAUUAAGGAGCAGUUUAAGAAGCUUCAUCAGUUUCUAGCAGAGGAAGAGGAGGCCAGGCUGGCUGCACUGAGGGAGGAAGAGGAGCAGAAGAGUGGGAUGAUGAAGGAGAAGAUGGAGGCUCUGAGCAGAGAGAUAGCAGCUCUUUCAGACACAGUCAGAGCCACAGAGGAGGAGCUGAGAGCUGAAGACGUCUCAUUCCUGCACAACUACAAGGCUGCAGUGGAAAGAGUCCAGCGCUGCCCCCUGCUGGAGGAUCCACAGCUGCCCUCAGGAGCUCUGAUAGACCAGGCCAAACAUCUGGGCAACCUGGCCUUCAACAUCUGGAGCAACAUGGAGAACAUGGUCUCCUACACUCCUCUCAUCCUGGACCCAAACACUGCUGGUUCAAGACUCAUCCUGUCUGAAGAUCUGACCAGUUUGACUUUAGGAGAGGAACAGCAGCUUCCUGAUAAUCCAGAGAGGUUUGGGUGUUGUUCUUUCCUGAGUUCUGAGGGCUUCAACUCAGGGAACCACAGCUGGGAUGUUGAUGUUGGAGACAGUGAAUACUGGGAGGUUGGUGUGAUAGCAGAGUCUGUCCAGAGGAAGGGAAUCAUAGAGUCUGGAUUGCUGGUUCUAGGGUUUUUUGAAGGUAAAUACUCAGCAUGGUCUCCUCCAUCUCCUCGCAUGGAUCUCUCAGUCCAGAAGAAGCUCCAGAGGAUCAGAGUGAAUCUGGACUGGGACAGAGGAAAGCUGUCCUUCUCUGAUCUGGACACUAACUCACACAUACACACCUUCACACACACCUUCACUGACAAGAUGUUUCCAUACUUCAGCACAUGGAAAAAAGUAAAAAUCCUACCGAUGAAGAUCUCAGUGAGCAAACAGCAGCUCUGAUGUUCUCAGCAUGAAGAACACAAAGUCCAGAUGAAUUCUUGAUGAUCUGAUUGAAACUCAGUGAU